AUGUCAGACUCAGCAACCAAACCCGCUAUGGGUCAAAAGCGACCGCCAAGGAGCGCGGGUAGGCGCAGGCUCGAUGCACCCGGGGAAGCUAUACUGUCUGAGGAUCGGCGAAGCCAAAUCCGCCGGGCUCAGAGAACCUAUAGACUGAAGAAAGAAGCAAGUCUUCAACAAACCCAGAAACGAGUGGCCUUCCUUGAACAUAAGAUGAAAGAAAUCUCAAACUCGCUUGCGGAAUACAGGGUUACUCUUCAGUCUAACCUGCAAGGCACCCAUUGCGAACUUCUCACUGGGUUUGACAGCAUCCUGACUCUUCUGACUUCGCCGUCCGAGGACUUUGUUCAAGGAACCAGCGUUGACGAUAUUUCAUCGAGAGAGACUUCCAAGAAAUAUACUGCGCUAUCACCCAAGAAUAUCCAGCAUGAUGAUCUUUCCGCCAAUGAUACUAAUUCUGGUCACCAAGCUUUUGCCGAGCGAAGCUCCACAUGCAUUGAUACGUCCCCAGAAACCGAGGUCAACUCGUAUCACGAAACUGGGAAGAGGGCCCUUUGUCGAUCCCCGCCUGUCGUGCAGGAACAAAGAGAAUUAGACUAUGACCAACCCAUUGUGCAAACCAUCGAUCGAUUCGGUGGAGCCAAUGUUCCCGAUUCAUAUUCAUUCUUGGAAAGUUCCUUCACCCGAAGACUCAAACGAUCCAGUCUGGAGCACGCUUUUCGAAUAUUCAGUGAUACCCGCUCUGAUCCGCUUGAAGUCUUCCGAAUAUUCAGACUCGUCCCCUGUUUCAGAGAUAGGGCAAAGAUGUACCCUUACUUUAGGGACCUGGUCACUUCUGAACGAGGCAGUUCACUGGAGAUUUCCACGCUGCCAUUUUAUUGUAUUGGGGGAGCUGGAACACAUUAUGCGACGAAAGAUGAAAAAGGGAAUCCCAUAUACCCCUCGAAAAUGAGACACCCUCGAAGAAUCCUCGGUACUCUACCCAUGUCCGGGAUUCCCGGUGACCCGAAUUCUGUCUAUCAGACCCAGAGUAAUCUUGAGCUUUGUGGGUUUGGCGGUCAGUGGUUUGAUUGCCGCGAUGUGGAAGGAUAUCUUAGGGAGAAGGGUGUGGACUUGGACGGACCUGGUUCGUUUCCCACCGUGCAUAAUCUGGCACUGGGCCCCAGUCAAUCCGAUUUUGAAUCUGGUUUAUUGGACACUCAAUGCAUACCAUUUUCUGAAACCCAAACUGAACGCUUCAACAUUGGUUGGCCUUCUCCGAUACCGCCGCAUGGCGAAAUUGAGGCCCCAUUCGCACCUGGCAAGAAAGACUUGUCAGAAAUGACGGUAAAAGAAGCACAUGCUAUCCUGAACCAGUUGCAAGAGCUCGAGUUUCCACACGCCUUUGCCAAAGCUCGCAAAAUGGCUCUGUUGAAGGCUGGAGGUAUUCCGACUAUGUCCAAACUCUUCGCAGUUACAGGCCAAAACAACAAGCGCAACUCAGGGAAGCGCGCUGUUGAUACGGAAAUCCUCUUGCGAGAGGUGCAGUCCAAACCUAGGGAUUCUGAUCGCUAUACAUCAGCUGUGGCCAGAAUGAAUUAUCUCCAUGCUCGUUACCGUCGUGCCAACAAAAUAACGGAUAAUGAUCUUCUCCAUACUCUGGGUGACGGUCUUGCCGAGAUCUUGAAUGUUGUUGAAAGAGAAGAAUGGCGCAAGCUUACUGAUGUUGAAAAAUGUGCUCUCGACAUGGGAAUCCCCUUUGACCCGCUUCCUUCAAAGAUCGACGGAUGGAAAAAUGGCCUGCACUUUGCGAUUGAGUUGAGAGACUGGACAAUCCAGUAUGAAGAAGAAGUGGCAAAGCCCACGGCAACGAACGACCAAUACGUUCGCGUCUACGUUGAUUCGGCAUUGUCAUCACUUCCUGGGUUCGUAAGAACAAGUGUGCGAAAGAUGCUAGGUAACGACUUGGACGAUGUGAUGAGAACGAGUCUUUGUCUUGAGUCUCCCGGCCCAGUCCUUUGGUUCCUACUGGCCCUCAUCAAAGAGACACGAAAAAUAUACCUUCGAUAUCUUGCACUUCCACGGUCCUCGUCCAGUGCUAUUAAGCUAGUGCACGACAUGCCAAACCCAGAAACGCAUCUUUAUAAUUUCCAAAGGAAAACCCUGCAGCCCUGGUACGUCCGACCGACCUUCUGGUCAAGAUGGGGACUCGGCGCGUUGCUGGUUAGAGCACUGGGAGGGAAAGUGCCCGGGUCGCGAGGAGACCGGUAUCAACCAGGAGGAUAUGACUUGAUGACGAUCGGACCGGAUCCACAGAAGGAGCAUGGAGCGGACGAGAUGAGAUCCGAUAUCGAGGUAAUCAAAGCGAGAGGCGUGGCAACAUGCCCGUUCUCACAGGCAAAGUCGGGUCACUUCGAGUGA